AACGUUUUUUUAAGGAAACCAAAUUAAAAAAAACGUCACAUCCUCCAAAAAAAACGCCAUAUAAAUAUAAAUACAGAUAUUAAUUUUAUUCAAAAAAUUAAAAUUAUUAAUAUUAAAAAAUUUCCAGAUUUCAUUACAGAGAGAUCGGAGAACUCCAUUAAUGGGUUCUCUACCAAUGACGUUGCCGGAGCUCAAUUUUCCGGACUCAUCAUCUAAACAAUCCUCCAUUAACGAAACCACACUCCUCAACCUCUUCAAAUCUCAACAAAACCACCUCAAUUUCUUCUUCAACAAUCUCAACAUUUCCCAAACCCUAGCAUUCACCAAAACCCUCCUCGAUUCCACCGGCACCGUCUUCUUCUCCGGCGUAGGAAAGUCUGGCUUCGUCGCCAAGAAGAUUUCCCAGACUCUCGUUUCUCUAGGUGUUCCCUCUGGAUUUCUCUCUCCGGUGGAUGCACUCCAUGGUGAUAUUGGGAUUGUGAGUAAGAGAGAUGUUUUGGUUUUGUUUAGUAAGUCUGGGAAUACUGAUGAGCUUUUGAGACUUGUUCCUUGUGCUAAGGCGAAAGGGGCUUAUUUGAUCUCGGUUACUUCUGUUGAGGGUAAUGCUCUUGCUGCGGUUUGUAAUAUGAAUGUGCAUUUGCCUUUAGAGAGAGAGCUUUGUCCUUUUGAUUUGGCUCCUGUGACUUCGACUGCGAUUCAGAUGAUUUUUGGGGAUACUGUGGCGAUUGCGCUUAUGGGUGCUAGGAAUUUGACCAGGGAAGAGUAUGCUUGUAAUCAUCCCGCUGGUCGGAUCGGUAAAAGUCUCAUCUUUAAGGUUACAGAUGUAAUGAAGAAACAAGAUGAGUUACCUGUUUGUAAAGAGACAGAUCUUAUAAUGGAUCAACUAGUUGAGCUAACAAGUAAAGGGUGUGGAUGCCUACUCGUUAUCGACCAAGAUUAUCAUUUGAUGGGUACUUUCACAGAUGGUGAUCUUCGUCGUACUCUCAAGGCAAGCGGUGAAGCCAUCUUCAAACUCACUGUUGGAGAAAUGUGUAACAGGAACCCGAGAACCAUUAGUCCAGAUGCAAUGGCUGUAGAAGCCAUGAAAAAGAUGGAAGCUCCACCAUCACCUGUACAGUUCUUGCCUGUUGUCGACCACGAAAACCGAGUAAUGGGAAUCGUCACUCUGCAUGGAUUAGUUUCUGCUGGUUUAUAAUAUGUGUGAUUCUUUUUCAUCCAUUGAAUUAGAUUAUAUUCUUUUACCAGUUAUUCUUUUAUAACAUACACUCAAAUAUUUAUUAUAUUAUAGGAACUCAAUCCCCCUUAAGUGAGGGGUUCAAGUUUAUUGUAUUGUAUUGUGUUAGUAUAUGUCUUAUAUACUAUAAAUACAGAGAAUUAUUUUAACAAUGUCAUCACUUAUCUGUAAUAAUAAGAAUUUGUACUGUUCUUGUGACUGAA